AAAGACUCAGGGUUCCCUGAAUGGAGGAAUAAUUGUCUAAAGAAGUCAGCUUUUCAGACCUGAGCAGACAAGAGGAAGGUUCAUAAACUCAGUACAGACCAAAGUACAGAAGCAACUGCACUCUUUACGCCAGCAGAUCCUUUAAUUCAUUAAGGAUGGCAUGGAAGAGCAGUGGCCUAAUGAAAAUGUGCAGAUACCUUCCCUUGGUGAUUUUAUUUCUGCCAUGUGAGCUGACAUGUUCUGUUUUAACUGUGAAUGGUAAAACUGAGAACUAUAUUCUGGACACUCACCUUGGUGUCCAAGAAUCUCUGAAAUGUGCGGUUCAAAACCACACCAGAGAAGAAGAACUUCUCUGGUACCGAGAAGAGGGGAGAGUGAAUUUGAAAUCUGAAAACAAAAUCAACUCCAGCUCUGUCUGUGUCUCCUCCAUCAGUGAAAAUGACAAUGGCGUCACCUUUACCUGCAAGCUGCAGAGGGAUCAGUCUGUGUCCAUCUCAGUGGCGCUGAAUGUCAUUUUUCCUCCUCUCCUAAGUGGAGAUGACUUCCAAACAGUUGAAGAAGACAGUGAUGUGAAGUUGGUUUGCAAUGUGAAAUCCAACCCCCAGGCUCAAAUGAUGUGGCACAGGAACAGUAGCAUCCUGAAUUUAGAGAAAAACCAUCAUAUAGUCCAACAAACAAGUGAGUCUCUCCAACUGUCAAUCACCAAAGUCAAGAAAUCUGACAAUGGAACCUACAGCUGCAUUGCAAAUUCAUCUGUGAAAAUGGAGACCAUGGACUUUCACCUCAUUGUCAAAGAUAAAGUUGUGGCUGUGCCGGUAGAGCCCAUUGCUGCUGCAUGUGUCGUGGUAUUUCUGACAUUGUGCUUUGCACUGAUUGCUAGAAGAAAAAGAAUAAUGAAGUUAAUCCAGUGCCAAAAGGAGGCAACUAUGGCUGAGAGCCUCUGAGGAAAGGCCAGUGUGGCUGAGGCUGAGUUCACUACCCAGCAACAGGCACUCUCUUUAAAAUAUGGUAACAACGUGUUAUUCGGGGCAACAACGUCUCCCAUGAAGAGAUGCAGGUAACCCUUGUUCCAAUCCAAAGCAAAUUUUUUUCUACAAAGAAAGAAAUACUCAACUACUUAAGAAUCCUAAAGCAUUUUGAUUCAAGAAUGACAUAUUUUCUAGGUUCAAUAAAAGUGAUUAAUGCCGUCAAAAAAAUGAGACCCGGACCAGAGCAGAGCUGGCUGUAUUUCCAGCCACCUCUUCAUUGGUGUGUAUUUUUCUAGGUAGGAGAUUAACGAACAUUUGAGUUUCCUGUCCCUUGAGAUAUCUUGAUGCAUUCGAAAUGUUUAUCCAUGGGCCUUAGAAAAGCAGGCAAACUCAU